AUGCAGGUUCUCCAGCCCCCUGCACCUUUUGAAUCAGGCCCCUCUCACACAGCUUGUGUACAUACCCACAUUCACCAUUCCUCUCAUUCCUCCCCUCUCAUCCGCCGCUCCCCCCUGCUUUUGUCCACCAGUCCUCUCCUGCCUCCUGCCCUCCCCUGCCUCACCCCCUCCUCUGCCUCCUGCCCUCCCCUGCAUCACCCCCUCCCCUCUCAUCCGCCGGUCCCCCCUGCCUCACCCCGGCAUGGCAGGUUCCACUUCCAGGACGCAUGUGUGGGGGGGGAGUCGGCAAGGGCGUUUGGGGUGAACCCGGUGUUCCUGCCGUCCUCGUCGCUCUACAACCCCAAUGUCGCCGUCAGCAACACCACUGCCUUCACCAACCAGCCCUUCGCCAACCCCUUUGAGCUCAACGCCAAGGGGCUGCCCUUCAGCUUCCAGCAGCUCCCCGGCAGCGGGCGCUUCCCGAUCGUGUUUGACGUGAAUCUGGACAACGCGGGGGCAACGCGGCGGCUGCAGUACUUGGUGGACGGCUUCUUCAUCGACAAUUACACCCGCACCAUCAACGUGGGCCUCAUCACCCGCAAUGCCAACGAGCAUCUAUUCACGGCCACCAAGGCCACCCUGACGGUGCAGUCGGGCGGCAGCAUGGAGGCGUCGUUCCAAGUGCAGCCGGUGAACGUGGAGUACUACAACAUGAAUGAGAGCAGCAACGUGGUGCGCCUCGUGGUGGAGCUGCUCUUUGUGGCCGCGGUGGCGUGGAGCAUCGUGGAGGAGGUGAAGGAGAUGCUGUGGACGUGGCAGGUGCAGCGCCGCUCCUUCUGGCACUACGCAAGCAAGGGCUGGAACUGGGUGGACUGGCUCUCCAUCGCCCUCCAGAUCACCGCCAUCGCCAUCUGGAUAUCAGUGGCGGUGACGCGAGCACAGGGGUUCACCAUCCAGCCUCACUACCACAUCUACUACACGCUCGACGACAACCCGCGCUACUGGUCGCUGCCCAACCCACCCGUGGGCUAUCAGGCCGCCAUGUCAGCAGUGGACACGCUUGGCUUCGUCACCAACCUCUGCGCCGUCUACUUUGCCCUUCAGGGCAUCAAUGUGUUCGUCAUGGUGCUGCGCCUCUUGAAGCUGAUGGACUUUCAGCCCAACAUGGGCCUCAUGACUCGCACCCUGCGAGUCGCCAUGCCGUCUCUCCUCCACUUCUUCAUUCUCUUCUUCCUUGUCUUCGUCGCAUAUGCCACCUACGGCUACCUGGUGUUUGGGAUGACCUUGGAGCAGUUCAGCACGCUGUGGUUGUCCCUGCAGACCUGCUUCUACAUGAUCGUGGGGCAGUUCUAUGUGUCGUGGUUCCAGCAGAUGGUGGGGUGGCAGUACGCGGCGGCCAUGGUGCUCUGGUUCUCCUUCGUCAUCAUCUUCUGCUUCAUCCUCUUCAACUUCCUCAUCGCCAUCAUCGUGGAUGCCUUCAUGGCCGUCAAGGUCGGUCAACAAAGGUCAACAGCAGUCAAGGAGUCAUCGGACAAAGCACCGGCGAUCUACCAGGACAUGUACUUGAUUGUGGUGCGCUUCGUCCGCCGCGUGGCAUCGCCGUACAGAAGGUACAGCCGUCUGCUGCGCCACCUCAUUCGCCUCGGAGCAGAGAACACCGCCAAUGCGGUCAUGGAGGUGAGCGGGCAGGGAGGUGAGCAGGCAGGGAGCCGUGGGCAGUCUGGUCAGCAAUGCCUCUCCUCGAGCUUUCAGUGCGGCAGGGAGGUGAGCGGCAGCAGGCGUGAUGCUGAUGGAGAAAGGAGGGAGGAGGCUGGCAGUGAUGGCGAACUGGGGAGAAUUGGAGCAGAGGAGGGAAGGGAGGAGAAAGAAGAGGAGAAGAGGGGGGGUGGUGCGACGGAAGGUGUUCCUUACAAUGCCUUGCAAGCACAGGCCCAUUUUGAUGCGCAGCAACAAGUGCUAGCCAUGGUGGGAGCAGAAGAGACUGGCUUAGUCCGGGGAGAGAGCACCAAGGGGUUGUUGGCGAGUGGUGGGGUCGCCAAGUCCCAGGCAGCCGGCAGCACCAGCACUCAGCUGGACGCCCAUGCUUCCACCACUGCUGCUGAUGCUUGCACGACAGUUGCUGAUCCUGCCACCAUGGGUGGCAGCAUGGUGGAGCCGGCAGUGCAGAGGCGGCGGAGCUUCUGGCGGCUGAAAACGCUGGAUGAGCGGGAGACUGUGGUGGUGGUGGGGGAGAGGCAGCUCAACGCCCACUCGCUCUCUUCCAUCCUGCGCCGCGCACACGCCCGCAUGGUGAGACGGGGGGCACUGCAUGCACGCCAGGGGAUGGGAUGA